UUUUGCAUCGCUCUCACUCUCUGUGUGGCUCUUUCGUCUUCCACACUAUCACUUCCAUAUCCACAAAAAAAGCUUCACAUAAAUCUUAAAUUUAAACCCUAACAAACUCGUCACAGACAAACACAAAACUACAAAAUACACCUUUUGUAUUAUUUGGAUGUUUUGAGUAAAAAUGGAAUCCGAGAAGCCUGGAAUUGUUUCAAUUCUCGCGGCAGCAACGGUCGAUUCGGAGAAGCCUCGCGUUUCGAUUUCAGCGGUGAGAGCGGUUGCGGCGGCAAGAGCUGAAUCGUUUCUUCUCACCCGUACUCUCUCUGGCUCGUUUUCAUCUGCUGGUUCUGUUCCAAUUCGUGCACCUCUUACAGUUGAUGAGGAUGAUGAUGAUGGUUCUGUAAUCGAGGAACAUAGCUUAGCGAGUAGUGAAGCUAGUAGGGGAAUCGAUUCUGGGACAGAUGAUGGUUUUGAGUCUGUUUCGGGGGACGCAGACGAUGAGAAUGAGUUAGAGGAUGUGAUUACGGGUGGGGUUAGGGUUCAUAGGCUACUAGGGGAAGAGCUAGGUGGAGAUGUUGGAGAUGGAAGUGAUGAUUUUUCAGGUGGGAGUGUGAUUUAUAGACCAUUUGCUGGUGAUGUUGAUGAGGAAGCGUCCGUGAAUUACUCUUCUUUUGAGGAAGGGAGUGAGAUUAGUGAUGAGGUUGAGGGAGUUAGUGAGAGUGAUGAUAGUGAAGCUGAUAGAGUUAGCAUGAAAGCAAAAGUAGUCAUUCCUAGGGCUAUUUUGUCUUUGGAUGAUGAGGAAUUUGACGAAAUUUUGGGUAGUGGUGAUGAAGAGGCUGUGGUGUUGCGUGUUACAAAGGCUCCUAGUGAUGAAGAAUCCGAAAUUGGAGAUAGGGUAUUGCAAUUUGGAGAUAAUGGAGUGGUUGAUGAGCCAGAGAGUUCGUAUGUUGUCUCUACAGAGGAAGAAGUGGUGAGAAUGAAGUAUUCAGAAGAGUUAGAUGAUGAUUUGAUGUCCUUUGGGAAUAUUGAGGAAUCAAGUCUCGGUGUUCUACCAGGAGGUUCUAAUGAUUUUAUGGCAGAGAAUGAAGGGAACUAUACUGAGGCGAGUAUGGUAUUGGGUCAAAGUUUUAAGCAAUUCAUCGAGAAAGGUGAUGUUCAAAGUGCCAUCAACAAGGACAAUGGUGGUGGUAACAUUCAUGAAUUUGAUGCAUUGAUGAAGCAAAGUGAUGCAGAAAGAGUAGAAGAUAAUGCAGUUGAAUUAGCAAAAAUGGGAAUGAAUGAUAAACCAGAAUACUCAGGCUCUAAUGUAGGUGAACUUGUUUCCACAGAGGAAGAUAUGGUGCAAGAGAAAUCUUCUGACGAUGGGUUGGUGUCAUCUGAGAGUACUUUUGGUGUUGUGCCACGUGAUUGCAAUGAGUUUCUACUGGAAAGUGAAGGAAACGCUGUUGAUGAGGAUAUAGGAUCAGAUGAAACUAUCAGCAGCCUUGUCGAACAAGGGGUGGGUCAAGGAAGUAUCAGCAAUAGCAGAACUUAUGUUGGUAGUGCCUGUGAAGCAGAUGUAUUGAUUAUUCCAGGUGAGGGAUCUAUUGGAUCAGAAAGCAGAGACUCAGGGGAUGAAGCCGCUGUAAAUAUGAUGGGCGAGGCAAAAGAACACUUGGAAAAUGAGUCUGGUGCUGUUAGUGAAUUAGACAAACCUGAAAUUGAUCUGAGUUCUGAAAGUUUUCAGGUAACUCCAACUCUGGAUUCUGUAACGACGAGAAACCUUGAGGUUGCUGGAGGAAUAGAUGUCGUUGUAAGUGGGUGUGGUUCUUCCGAUCAAAAAGCUGAACACGAGUCUGAAAAUGAAGAAAAUCAAGAAUCAGAUGAUAAUGAUAGGAAGUUAUCACUUCCUGGUGAAGAUAGCGCAUCAAAUUUAAGAAGUUUCUGUGAGACAGCCAAUGAGACUGUGGAAAGGGGGGAGCAGAUUUCGGAGCACAUUAAUAAGCUGGUCAGUUUUCAGUCUGAUAACGAACCAAAUCAAAUCUCAGUGGGCGUUGAAGAAUCCAUUUUGCCUACGGUUAAAGAUGUUGAGAGAACGAUGCCUGAAUUUUCUUCUGUAGUUGCUUAUGAUAUGAUGGAAAAUGAGACGAAGAUGGCACAGUUGAUUCACAAUCAAACUUUUAUGGAGCUUGAAAAUUACGAAGGAACAGGUGAUACAAGGGAGAAGCUCUCUGAGUCUGAGUCCACUUUCGAGAAUUAUUCAGAAGUAUUACCCUCUGAUCAUUCUUUGCAGCUGAUAAGUGAGAAAGUCAAGGAAAGAGUUGAGAAGACCAAGCUCUUGAAAGAGAAGCUCCAGAGGAUUAUAAGAAGCACAGGUCAUUGCAGUGAAAAUUCAGCUAUUACUGAAGCUGCGUCGAAGCUGAACCUAGCUGGUGGAGAACAUCAAACAUUCUUCGGGACUGAUUACGUGUCUGACAGAACAAAGAUAAUGCUGCCUGAACAAGAGGUCCGAGAUGAUCUAAACUUCUCCAUUAACGUCCUUGUUGUUGGAAAAACCGGGGUGGGAAAAAGUGCAACGGUUAAUUCAAUAUUUGGGGAGAGUAAGUCUCCUGUUGUUGCAUUUGGAGUUACCACAAAGUCUGCAAAUUACAUAGUUGGGAAUGUAGGAGGAAUCCUGAUAAGAAUACUUGAUACUCCAGGUCUCAUGUCUUCUGCAACUGAGGAACAGUUUAAUCAGGAAGUCCUUAUGUCGAUAAAGAAGAGCAUGAGAAAGUUCCCAAUUGAUGUCUUCCUUUAUAUUGACCGUCUAGAUGACACUCCAGACAUCCGUUUACUUAGAAUCAUCACUAGUUCUCUAGGCUCAUCAAUUUGGCAAAAUGCUAUCGUGGUUCUAACUCAUGCAGCUUCCGAUGUGCCAGAUACUAUAAGCUACAAAGACUUUAUUACACAGAGAUCUUCUCUUAUGCACCACUCAAUCAGACAAGCAGUACCUAAGUUAAGCUGUGUAGGCCAGAGCAAGAUGCCUAGAAUUGUUCUGGCAGAGAACAACAUGAGCUCUUUCUCGACAAACAAAAGCAGUGAAUCUACUUGUCCAGACUGGAGAUUGAACCUAUUGAUCUUAUGUUGCUCGGUGAAGAUAAAGUCUAAAGCCGGUUCUUUGCAAAAGCAGAAUCACAGCGAUGUGGAAAAGGCUGGUGUCGUUGGCUCCCAGCCUAGCUCUUUCACUCUUUUUUGUUCAUUGUGGAAUGUUUUGCUUAACUCAGGGCAUACUUCUUAUUCACAUGAUGAUUUGGAGGAGAAGAAAAGGAAAUUACUGGAUUCUUACCCUAAAAUUAUCUGGGACGAACAGAGUCAAGAAUGUCUGGAGCAAGAAACACUUCUCAUUGAGAAUCAAGAACCAGAAGACGAGAAGACUUGGGUUCCUGGUCGUGUGAGAACCAGAAGAGGAAGACUUGGGUUCCAAGCAACAAAAAGGUUGGGUAUCUAUCUCGAUACAUCCGAUUUGCACACCGGGUUUUCCAUUGGAAGCCGUGGCUGUAGAAACGACGAACAGGACUUGGUGAGGAUGAGAGGGUCAAUGUCUGUUAUAGGUUUGGUUCCUAUGCUGAUGUCCGUAUUCACUUCGGUCUAUGGUGGAAAAGAAGAUAUUUAAAAUUGCUCUUGUUGUAGAAUUUGUUACAUAUCACAUGUUUUCGUCAUCACUUUUGGAUUCUGUGUUUAGGCCAUUAACAAUACACGAAACUAAAUAUAUUAAAUACAAAUGUUGUGAGGAUAAGGACUCUUCAGUUUUGUUA